CUCUCUCUCUCUCUCUCUCUCUCUCUUCGGAUAAAUCGGAAAUCACUCCGAGUUUUUUGUUUGUUGCGGUUGUAAAAUCCGAACUAGAAACCCAAGUGUGGACAUUAUAACCGGUCUCUCUCUGCAUGUCUUUACGCACAAGUUGUUGGUGUGUGUCGGCAAAUGGACAAGGUGUUUUCCUGGACACUCGGAGUCUUCCUGUCUCUGCUGCGCCUUUUCCCAGGUGAUUCCCAGAGAGUUGAGAUGCCUAGGAAAGACGUAGAAGCAAUCAAGGGCCAAAUGGUGGUUCUUGAGGCAUGGUACACUCCCACAUCCGCCAUCAAGAAAAAUACAGUCAUCUGGAACUUCAUGGCCAGUGGCUCCACACAAAUCAUCUCAUAUUCUUCAGGUGAGAUCGGGAUUGGAAGUUUUGAGUACAGAAAACGUGUUGGCUUCGCUGUCCCAAUGCCCUCGGCCAACCUCUCCAUCUACAUCAACAAUACACAGGAGUCUGACUCUGGGAGUUACCUUUGCAAUGUCAUCAUUCCUGGUGCUCCAGGUCUCACUGGGGAGCUGCAGCUCACUGUUAAAGUUCCUCCUUCCACUCCAGUCUGCUCUAUGUCUGGGGAUCCUGUGCUGAGAGGGAACGUGACACUGAGCUGUAAGUCCAGCUAUGGCAAACCUGUCCCUCAGUAUAAGUGGACCAAGGCUGCUCCUCUCUCUGAGGUCUACUUUUCUCCAAUGCAAAAGUGGAGGUCAUGCCCUCAGCCUAUUCUUGUGCUUGGCUACCUGGAUGAAAAGCAGGGCACUCUGCACUUGAGCAACCUUACCAAGGGCAUGUCAGGGAAAUAUGUGUGCAAGGCCAGUAACACAGCUGGGAGUGACACCUGCCACAUCAACUUGGAAGUCUCCACCCCCAGCAAGGCCUGGCUGAUAGCAGGAGCCACUGUUGGUUCAGUAGUGGGAUUCGUGGCCCUCAUUCUGUUUCUGGUCUUCAUCUUCAGGAGGGAAUGUGACACAGAAGAGGAAAUGGCCAAUGAGAUCAAGGAGGAUGCUCAGGCUCCAAAACGUGUUUCUUGGUCUAAGAGCGCCACCGCGUCAGAUAUCGUCUCCAAGAACGGCACUCUGUCCUCCAUAACCAAUAGUCCUGCUCCUCAGGACACACCUCAUCUGCCUAACAACCAUUACCCAUACUCGCCUCAGGGUUGUGACUCAAUUCUGACCACUUCAGGUGGCGCACAUGUGUACCGAGGAGAGCCUAAUCCUCUCCAUGGGCUCCCUGGCUACAACGGCAGCAAGAUGUCUAGUCACGCCCAUCAGCACUACCAGCCAAAGAACAGCUGCACACUCAGGACUAAUGGAGCUCAGCCACAGGCUCCAUGCCCCAUCUCUGUAAAUGUCAGAUCAAUGUCAUUUUGUGGCACUGUGCCUGUUCAGGCUGGAUCGCUUGUCUAGACCAGUUGAGUCAAACUCUUUAGCUCUUACCAAGCAGGACUCAACAACUCUGUUACACAAAUUCAAGAUUUAAAUUAUUUUAUAUUUGGGGUUCAAUCUCUCUGCGUAUAAUAUUAGUACUCUGAUUUAUAAAGUAUACUGUAUAGAUUAAGAUGAGAUAAAACUAUGAAUUAUAUUUUGAUGCUUUAAAUCUCUCAUUAACACUAUAAUUUUUAUUUGUCAGAUUUUUAUGUGAUUUUUUUUUUUUAUAGAUCCUAUUAAUCCCAUUUUAAAAGUUUAUUAGAUUAAAAGUAAAGAAAAGUAAACAAUAAAAGUAAAAAAAUAUCUGCUUUAAACUUCAUACAGUACAUAAAUGGUUCCGGAUGUUGAAGGAUCUUCUUUGAUCCUUGUUAAAGUUGUUUGAAUAACAUUUAAACAGUUGUGUAUUCAGUGUUUGUGUUCUACUUAAAAUGUUACCUCGUGCCUCUUUUUUCACUCAGGAGUUCCUACAGUACAUGUUACGGCCCAAUUAUAACAGCAUCCCUCAGUCUAAACAAUAGAUUGUAUUGAAAAUUAUUCGUUAUUUGGGUUAUUGUGCUUUUUUAAUGAGUAAAUCCAAUCCCGAAUGUUUUAUACAUUUUUAAAAAAGUCUUUCUUUCUUUUCUUUUCUUUUCUUUUCUUUUUCUUUUCUUUUCUUUUGUUUUAAAGAUGUAUUUAAGAGAUUGAUGUCAGGCUCGUGACUUCAUAGUUGGUGCUUUGGUUUUCUAUUUGGUUUCAUGCAAUUGAUUAUAUUCAUACCAAAAAAAAAAAGAUUGUUGAAAAAGAAGAAUGAUGAGUAAAUAAGUGUAACAUCUUUCUUUUUUACUUUUAUGGAUUUCUGAUUUGUGAUUGGUCUCUUUUACUCUUUCAUUCCAUAAGUGUCCACAUGGUGGAAGCAAAGAGAUGAUGUAAUGAAUUGUGUUUAUUUCUUUAAUAAAAGAG